AUGGAAGAUUAUUUUAUCAACGAUUUAAGAUUAAUAGAACAACUUAAUGACCAUAGAAAUCAGCGAAAUAAUAUUCAUCUAAGACAUAUUAAAAUAUAUAAAAUUAGAAAAAAUCCUCUAGAAGAAUUAGAAGAAAAUGAAUUUAAGUGCAAAUAUCGCUUUUCAAAAGCUACAGCAGUUUUUAUAAUAGAUAUGCUUAGAGAUGAUUUAUCUGGUGAUUCUAGAGGUGGACAUAUACCUCCUCAUUUAAAAGUUUUGUCUGCAAUAAGAACUUGGGCCCGUGGAGAAUUCUAA